GGAGCUGAGCAUGCGCGGGACAGCGAGGGCGGCGAGAGAGAAUUAUCCGUCAUAUUUUUAAUGGAAUUGGCAAUCCAUUCUUAUUCAGGAGGAUUAUUCAAGAACCUCGCCUGUGGUUUCCUGUAUUUGCACAGGAGCCAUUUUCAUCAUGGACGGACAAAACCCCUAUUGCUAUCUCGCCUCUUUCAGCCCUCAAACCUCCAAGAGGACAGAACGGUUGGAGCUGGUCGGUCAAGUGAGCUCACUUGCAAAAGCCAGAGGUUGAUGCUUCAGGCAGGCCUCAUUCAGCCAGCCAACACAGGCUGCUUUCACUAUCUGCCAUUUAUAGUCCGUGCCAUGGAGAAACUUAUCCGCCUUAUUGAUAAGGAAAUGCAAUCCAUUGGGGGACAGAAGGUGAAUAUGCCCAGCCUCACCUCUGCGAACUUGUGGAAGGCCAGUGAACGAUGGGACCUCCUGGGGAAGGAACUAUUCAGACUAAAGGACAGACACAGCAUGGACUACUGUUUAAGUCCGACACAUGAGGAAGCUGUGACUGAGCUUGUGGCCAUGCAGGGAAAUCUGUCAUACAAACAGCUACCACUGAUGCUAUACCAAGUGACAAGGAAGUUCAGAGAUGAGCCUAAGCCGCGCUAUGGUUUGCUCCGUGGACGGGAGUUCUACAUGAAAGACAUGUACACCUUUGAUGUCUCAGAAGAAGCUGCCAAGGUGACCUACAAACUUGUUUCUGAUGCUUACACUUGUAUAUUUGACCAGUUGGGAUUGCAGUUUGUAAAGGUGCAAGCCGACCCAGGCAGUAUUGGUGGGAAGCUGUCGCACGAGUUUCAGCUGCCAGCAGAGAUUGGGGAGGAUCAUCUUUUAAUGUGUUCAGACUGCCAUUUUGCGGCCAAUGUGGAAACAAUGAAUGCAGUUGAAACAACAAACUGUCCACAAUGUGAUGGAAAACUGAGAGAAAGCAGGGGCAUUGAGGUGGGACACACCUUUUACCUUGGGACGAAGUAUUCGCAGAUUUUUGGUGCCUCGUAUUCUAACACCGAGAACAAGCCCAUCCUGUCGGAGAUGGGUUGCUUUGGACUUGGGGUCACACGCAUACUAGCUGCAGCAAUAGAGGUUUUGUCGACUGAAAACAACAUUCGGUGGCCAAGUCUCCUGGCCCCUUAUCAGGUGUGUGUCAUUUCACCUAAGAAAGGCAGUAAAGAAGAACUGAAUAUUAACCAGCCAGAGUUCUAUGACAACUUGAUGGACACUGUCCCCCAACUUCAUGGAGAGGUACUGUUUGAUGACCGCAGUCAUCUGACCAUUGGCAGAAGACUGAAAGAUGCCAGCUGUCUGGGAUAUCCAUACAUCAUCAUUGCAGGGAAGAGGAUUUUGGAAGAUCCACCUAUGUUUGAAAUUAAAUGCCAAAAUAAUGGAAGGACAAUGUUUCUCACUCAAGAAGGUAUCUUGGAUUUUCUGAAAAAUAUUCAGGUGGUUUAAUGCAUGAAAUUCACCUAGUCAAAUAUCCAGAUGAAAGUAUCCUGAUUUUUUUUUUCUACAAUGAAUCCUUGCAACGAGGUAUUUUUGAAUUAUGCAUAAAAUAAAUCAUGCAGACAAUAUACCAGAAUUAGAUUUAGAUUGCCAUGAUGUGGUGAACAGUGUAAAAAAAAGUGUUUGAUUUGAUUACAUCUUUCUCACUGAGAAUCAAUGUAUUGUUGGGCAUUCCAGUACACCCGUUGAAACUUGAUAAUGUAGAAUUUUGGACAAUGAACUGAAAAAAAAUCAACCAAAACCUUGUAUUUGUCAACACAAUAAAACACACUCACACAUUG